CACAAAAUUGUAGUACCAGGUGCCAGGACAAAUAAGCGAGCUUCUCUCAUGUUAUAUUCCCAUAGAGCCCUUCUGUCCUUCUAUACGUAAAGUGCUACGAGGUUAAAACAGCUGUUCUGCUGGAUGGUUGCUUUGACAGAGAGAUCGACGGAUCAAGCGGAUGAUUUAUCAGAAAUCCAGGCUUUUAAAUGAUAUCGCGAAUAUUCCGUGGGGAAAAUGAGAAUGUCGCGGUCAAACGCAAACGGCAAAUCGACACUCUGAAAAUCUUUAAUGACAAUGUAAUAGAGCUCAGAGAAAAUGUGGACUAUCAGGUGGAAUUCCAAGCUGGCGAGAGGCGAAUGGCUAUCAUGGUUUCCUUGUUGCCAAAUUUUCCAUUGGAGAAGCCAGUACUUAGAGUUUCCCCACCGAUAAGCCAUCCCUGGUGCAACGAACACAGUGAAAUCACCAGUGCACCAGGAUUACUCAAUUUUUCAGUACAUAGUGAUCUUGGUCGGGUUGUUCAAGCUAUUAUCAGAGAAUUCAGUAAGAAUCCACCGAAGUUAUUAGAGGAUAUUUCGCCUGGUUCUGCUAAGCCUCACAGAGAUUUACAAGGGAGAAAUUCGCCGUCUUUUUCGCUUCAGCAGUAUCCCGUCGAAAUUCCAUCGACGUCAUUCAAUUCGUAUUACAAUACGCAAUUUCCACAUUUGUCGUCCUCCAGUGCAAAUACGUGCAUUUAUAAUUAUAAUUACACAAACUCCGGUCACACGUACGUCUCGACUUCGAAAUCGUUCGGCAAUACAUCGCAUCACUCGACAUAUAUUCCAAGUUCGAGAAGCAGCGCUCUUCACAAUGCCACACCCACGGGGUACACCACGAAUCAUCAUGGCACACCUUAUUUGAACUCGCAUUACGCGAACGCGAAUUAUCAGCAGCCAUUGUCGAGUCAAUCGCAGACAAAAGUUCCGCAGAGCAUAAUAUUUCCCGAAUUAAAUAAUUUAACUAACGAGGAAUUGAAGAGGCUCGGCGAAGAUGAAGAUAAACUAGAUGAUUUUCUGGAGAAACAUUCCCAAAUUAAAGACAUAAACGCAGCAAUCGAGGAUGCUAUGGAUUGGGUUGAAAAAACUGCCGAAGCUAACGCAGCUAAAGAACCCGAGCUGAAGCAACUACAAGCUGAUGUGACGGACAACGUGAAAACGGUGGCAGUGCUGAAAGCCAGAUACGAUCAUCUCAUACAACGAUACAAUAAAUUGUCCGAAGUCUUCACGCCAGAUCACAUAAAAGAGUGUUUGAGAGAAGCUGCAGAUGAGAGCCACGAAGAGAGCGAGAAAAUCGCCGAGGAUUUUCUAAACCGCAAGAUUGACGUCGAGCGUUUCCUCAGCACGUAUGUCGAGUGUCGGAAGCUGGGGCAAGCGAGACGAACCAAGGAAGAGAAAUUAGCACAUCAAUUGAACGAGCUGAAACGGGCUGGUUUCUAAAAUGAUACGCAUAUAAUCAUCUUUUUCUAUGGAAUCGAACAAAACAACUGUAAAUAAGACUUAGUUAAUUUAAACGUUAUUGUGAAUUUAAAUUUAUAGCAUUCGCGAUUACGUAACGUUUAAUGCAGCUAGAGAAAUCAACCGAAUAUUCGGUUGAAGGAAACAUAUUUUUUGCGUAAACGCUUUACGUUUUACUCGCUUCUUAUAUACUUAUGCUAGAUUUUAAAUCACUUUAAAUCACGCGCGCGUAGCAUUCCAGAAUUGAAACAUGUAUACACACACACAAGUGGCGCUAAACGAACGAAGUGAUUAAAAACCAGGAGUGCUUUAAGAUUGACUUCGAUGGAGUACUGUUACACUCUGUAUUUCGAACAAUUUCGCGAGAUAAAGCAAUAUAUAUAGUGAUCGAAUUAAAUCCGUUUGAAACUCCCGUGUAACAAGUUGAUUCAUACGAGUACUUACUCCAUAGUGAAAAAAAAUAACGUGGCUUUAAUUAUGUUAGUUUUGCACAUGUGACAACACAACACAUGUACCGUCGCGAUCAACUCCGAGGGAGGUACGUUUUUUACUGUGUAAAUAAAUGUGCAGGGAUGUAAUUAAAACCGAUUUUUGAAAAUUUGCUAUUCGGUGACGUUACUUUUAAUUAUUUAUCCUGUGAAUGUUCCUAAUAUUGUAACAUAUUUAAAAAAUUGUAUAGAUAUACAAUGAAGAAAAACAAAA